AUGUUGCCCAGAAAUACUGCUAGAGCUAGUUCUGCAGAUACGGAUUCAAUAAAUGGUAUACAGAAGUCAAAACGUCCCCCAAAUACUGCUUUUAGGCAGCAGAGGUUAAAAGCAUGGCAACCUAUACUAUCACCUCAGAGUAUCUUGCCACUACUGGUUGUUCUAAGUGCGGUAUUUGCUCCAAUAGGAAUUGGAUUGAUACUAAGUUCAAAUAAUGUUCAGGAUAUUGUAGUUAACUAUAGUGAAUGUGACAGGAUAGCGAGCGACGAGUUCUCAGCCAUACCAUCGAAAUGGCUGAGUUACCACUUUAAGGGCAGAACAGAAGAUACUCCAAAAUGGCGCCAUACCACAGAUGAUUUAGGCAAUUCUAUAUGCCAGAUUUCGUUUACUGUACCUGAAACCAUUUCUGGUCCUGUAUAUGUUUACUACAAACUAACGAACUUUUACCAAAACCACCGGAAAUACGUCCAGUCCUAUGAUCUGCGCCAGCUGACUGGUGAAGCAGUGCGUCGAGAAGAUCUAUCGGCGAGCUGCAAGCCCCUAUCUGAGCGCGACGACAAGGUUAUAUACCCCUGUGGGCUCAUCGCAAAUUCGAUGUUUAACGACACUUUCAGCCAGCGCCUCCAGGGACAGGGUGAAACACCCGACUACGAGCUCUCCAAUAAGGAAAUUUCAUGGAAAAGAGACCGCGGUCGCUACAAGAAAACAACUUACAAUGUCUCAGAUAUAGUCCCCCCACCAAGCUGGACCAGUCGCUACCCAGAUGGCUAUACCGAUUCUAACCUUCCAGACCUCUCAACCUGGGAGGAGUUUCAGGUGUGGAUGCGCACGGCAGGUCUCCCCACCUUCUACAAACUGGCCCUGAAGAAUGACCAAGAUCAUCUCCAAUCCGGCACAUACAAUUUCGACAUCGGCAUGAACUACCCUGUGAACAUCUUCGGAGGAACAAAAUCGCUUGUAAUCACGACAAAUAACAUAGUGGGCACGCGUAACUUGUCACUGGGUAUCGCCUACCUCCUAGUAGCUGGCAUAUCGCUCUUUUUCGGCUUCAUUUUCUUGGCCAAGCUCAUUAUUCAGCCACGAAAACUCGGUGACCAUGCUUACCUCAAUUUCGACAAACACCAAGAACCUUCAACAGAGCCACCAAUAAAUAAUCAGCUCCGGGAGAUGCUGUAG